CAGCUGCUCAGUGUGUGAAGAGACAGGGAGAAGUAGCAGGGAGGCAGGUCACUGUGGUCGACACUCCAGGAUGGUGAAGUUUUAUCCUGUAGAGAGGACUGUCCCUGUGGGGUCUGGUGAGAUGGUGCAUACCCUUCCUCACCACCAGGGGGCAGAUGCUGCCCUUCAAGUUCAAGUCUUUUAUUUAUCAGGUGAACAGAACAACACAAGGCACCCAGCGCUUCAUUCUCAACCUGGUUGUUCUACCACAUAACGUUCCACUCCAAGAGGUGGGGAGGAUGCAGGGAGAGGGCUCCUACAGAGCUGUGUGUUCAGACUGCACACUCUCUCGUGGAAAAGUCUACAGUCUCUGCUGUGAUGUGGUGGAGGGAGAUAUGAUCCAACCUAAGGUCAACUCACCUAUUAUAUAGUAAUGUUGUUGUCAAAUGAUGCCACGUUAGGUUCGAAACCUUUAUAUUAUCUGAGUUCAUUUCUUACUAAUUUGGUUCUGUUAUAUAUUAUAAUCUCAUUAUCCAUUGCUGGUUCGUGAAAAAUGACGUUGUGUCCUUGGGGUAGGUACUUCAUCCUACUUAUCUCGGGGGGGAAUGUCCCUGUACUUACUGACUUAAGUCACUGGAUAAGAACUUCUGCUAAAUGACUAAAUGUAAAUGUGUUCCAGCAUUUUGAGUUCUACUGGAUGUUGUUAAUGAGCUACUAAAAUAAAGGUUUAGAAAGGGAGAACUUGCAUACCAUUCUUUAAAGCGACAUUAACAUAAGUGAGCAACACAGUUUUAUUUAGUACAACUACAUUACCCAUGAAAGACGUACUGCAGCCACGGUAGUGAUACGUCAGAUUCAACGCGCCAAAUCUGAGCAUUUCUGGUGUCAACAACCAGAACAACACCCCGGGUAAGAAAGUUUGUCUGUUUUAGUGGGGGCUUGAAAUACAUUUACACAACAGUCAAGGAAAAUAUGUUUGCAUCUAACACAACUAAAUUAAAAGCUCACAAUCAAUUGCUUCCUCAAACUCUUCCGUAACUACCUAGCCUACUGUAGGUAUGUCUAAGCACAGACGCAGGAUAGUAUUGUAGUUAGCACUAGCUAGUUAGGUCACUUGUUAGCAUGCUAGCUAGAUGUGUAGCUACUAAUUUCACGUAAGUGACUGACACAAGUAUACACUAGUUUGAUAGUUAACUGGCUAUUGUUGUGGCAGAUUAGCCACUUCACUAUACAUCGUUAUCACAGAUUCAUAUUCCCACGUGUUUUACACUGGCGUUUUAAACUUUAAAAUACAGCAUAGGAACAGCCAUGGACCUCAGCGACUAUGAGGCAGAUAACUCGGUCAGCUGUCGCCUGGCCUCGGCCAUACCUGACGUGUGUAAGACUGAAGACUGCUGCCUGGGCAUCGAUGAAGCGGGCAGGGGUCCAGUGUUGGGCCCCAUGGUCUACGGCAUCUGCUUCUGCCCAGUCUCCAAGAAGGAGGACCUGAAGGACUUGAAAGUAGCCGACUCGAAGACGUUGACAGAAGCAGAGAGAGAGCACCUCUUCAGUAAGGUGGACGAGUCCAAAAGUUUCGUGGGCUGGGCUCUACAAAUCCUCUCGGCCAACACGAUUUCCAACAGCAUGCUGCAGAGGGCAAAAUACAACUUGAAUGCUCUUUCUCACGAUGCGGCCAUUGGUCUCGUCCAGUUUGCCCUGGACAACGGAGUGCAGCUCAAAGAGGUGUUUGUGGACACGGUGGGCCCCGCGGAGAAGUACCAGGACAAGCUGUCCCAGCGCUUCCCCGGGGUGGAGGUGACCGUGCGCCCCAAGGCUGACUCUCUCUUCCCCAUCGUCAGCGCAGCCAGCAUCUGCGCCAAGGUGGCCAGGGACCAUGCUGUGAAGGACUGGGUCUUCUCCGAAGACCUGGGGGAUGUAGACACCGACUACGGCUCUGGCUACCCCAGUGACCCUAAGACCAAGGCGUGGAUGUUGAAGUACCUGGACCCCGUGUUUGGCUACCCCCAGUUUGUCAGGUUCAGCUGGAGCACCGCCCAGACCCUGCUGGACAGCAAGGCCGUCCCUGUCCACUGGGACGAUGACGAGGAGGACGGGGAGAAGGCGGCGGCCCGUAAGAACAACACCUCCGUGCUUUCGUACUUCAGCAACGCCAAGACGGACGAGUCGGCCCGCCAGGCCCACCGCUUCUUCACCGAGAGGAGGUUACACAGCCUGGACACACUCUGAGACACACGGAGACUCACACACACACACACCACACACACAUAUAUACACACACCACACCGCUUCUUCACCGAGAGGAGGUUACACAGCCUGGACACACUCUGAGACACACGGAGACUCACACACACACACACCACACACACAUAUAUACACACACCACACCGCUUCUUCACCGAGAGGAGGUUACACAGCCUGGACACACUCUGAGACACACGGAGACUCACACACACACACCACACACACAUAUAUACACACACCACACCGCUUCUUCACCGAGAGGAGGUUACACAGCCUGGACACACUCUGAGACACACGGAGACUCACACACACACACACACACAAAAGAUGGACUUGUUGUUGUGCCGUAGGCAACAUAUACUUAGACGAGAAUGGAGUAAGGACUUGUAUUACUUUGUUAUUGUCUUUUUUUUUAUGCAAGAGAAACAUUAAAAUGUUUGUAUUUCUUAUGA